AAUAGAUAUGCAUAUCCCAUACGGAUUGAGUGACGAUGGCCAUCCUGGUGGAAGACAUUUUGGCCCUCGCUUGCCUAUUGCUUCAGCCAACUUGGCCUUUAUUGGCUUUGGCAAGUCUGGCUACAACAGUUGCCCUGACCUCAUCUGAAAAGUUGCCUGAGAGAACCGGGGGAGAGACUUGGUGGAGCUUUCUGAAUGCCUUUAUAUACACUAGGACUCCGUCAAGUGUUCUAUUUCAGCCAACAUGGCGCGUUUAGAGUUUCCCAGGAAUUUCAUAUAGUUUCUACGCGGCUCCGGAGAGUAUCGAAUUGAAAGACCUGGCAGUCGUUUCUUUUGGCCUUCUACUGUUGUGAAUCUUGAGCACUUCUCAAGCACAGUAGCUUCGUGGUAGCAACGUUGGGGGCUCCAGUGUUGAAUACGUAGCUUCACACAGCUUAUUUGUAUUAAUUAUAUAUGUGUAUUAAUUAUAUCAGCCUAUGUCAUGUUACAGUCAUUUUGGAUUGUGUGCAAAGUUGAGCCGUUUGUUUCUUGGAUACUUGCAAGGUGGUCUUUGCAGUGCUACUGGGUCCAUUGCUCACAUCUGCAUACCGAAAGAAUGCAAUGCUACAUGCCGGAGAUGCUGCUCAUUCCAUUCUGUGGGUGUUGGCAUCAGCGCAAGCACUCGGAAAUCUACUUGUGCACAGCACGGUGUUCCUCAUCGCAUCAACUGCACUGGCAUGGGCAGCAGGCCUUUCCCUGUGGCCAUCAAUCGUGUUCCUUGUCGUACAGCAGUCCUGUCAAAGAUGCAGGAGCUUCAGAAGCUACGCUCACUGCUUCAGCUUUGCGGAAGUCAUGUUUUGGUCUCAGUCUAGUGCAUUCCUUGCUGCUUUGACAACACAGGGUUUUCGAGACGGCUAUGAUUCAUGGCGUCCAACUUGCGCAUUCUGGACGGUGCUGGCGACGUGUGGCUUGAUUUUCAUGCUCUUUACGGCGUGCUUCGACGCGCUUGCUGCACACGGUUUCGCACCUUUGCUUGCAGCGGCCGCCACAGCCCUUUUAUUUCUCCUUUGGGGAUUAAGUGAGCAGCUUAGCGAUGGAGCUAUUUGGUGGUUUCUUGGGUAUUUGUCCCAGAUGGAGAAUCUGUGGUGUUUGCUCUUCCAGUGGCCCUUGCUUUUAAUUGCCGGUGUGGCAAGUAUCGAGAUGCUCUCAAGGAGACUUCAAGUUGAAUCUUUGAUGAAGAAGCACAUCGUGCGGAAGUCCUUCCACGUGCUCGCUAUUUGUCUCUUUGCUCCACUGUUGAUGUCAGGGCAAGCAGAUUUUUUGGCUCUUUCCCAGCUGGUGGCCACUUUAUUAUUCAUCGCUUUGGAGGUAUGUCGAAUUUGCAAAGCUCCUCUUUACGAGCAACAGAAUAAGUUUCUGUCCAAAUAUUUGGACAAGCGGGAGGAUAUCUCUCAGGAUUUAGUUCUUACUCCUUUGUAUUUGCUUCUUGGAUGCUCUUUGCCUGUGUGGCUUGAGUUAUCUGCAGCUUCGAACAUUGCUGUGGAACUUCGGAGGUGGUCAGGCCUUUUACUGAUUGGUCUUGGCGACUCUUGUGCAGCUCUUUUUGGCAUCCGGUUCGGAGGAAUCAAGUGGCCUGGAUCCCACCGAACCUUGGUAGGUACUGCUGCCUUCCUACUUAGUAUUGCAUGCGCUACGUGGAUUUUUUUGCCGCUAGAGGGGAUGCAUUGGCCCUUUUUCUUAACCACUGCACUGGCGGCAUUGCUCGAGGUUUACACCAACACCGUUGAUAACCUAGCCCUUCCCCUUUUCUUUUGCACAUUUCUCAAAGCUUUAGAGAUGCGGCAACCGGAGGUGUAAGGAUUGAAAAGACAAA